AUCGCUGUCAGUCCGCUGUUGGAAAGGAAACCGUGCAAAUCUUCGAGUUCCUCGUCUCCACCACGCUGCAUUUAAUUUGCAAACAAAUACUAGGUCAUAUGUUCUAAAUUGCAUGUAAAUUUGAACAAUUUCUGUAACAUUGUAAGAACAAUCAGUGUUUUUGAGUAUGGUGCUAUCAUUACCGGUGUUGGGAGGUCUGUUUACUUUUGUAGCUCUAUUGUACUACUGGGUCACAAAACAAGAUAAGAAAAUGGAGAAGUUGGAGGGUAUUAUUGCGCCAGGUCCCCGAGGUCUUCCGCUGGUUGGGAAUAUUUUCCAGUUGGAUUGGAAACAUCCUUUUAUGACAUUUGUCAAGUGGGCGGAGGAGUACGGAGACAUUUAUUCGGCAUCCAUGGGAAGCCAGAGGGUUUACGUGGUCACUGACUUGAAAAUGGUGAAGGAGAUGUUUUCUCAAGAAGUAUUUUCUGGACGGUUGAAUCCUGGACGAGGUGUCAAUGACCUCUACACCAAUGGACAAAUGCAUGGAGUGAUUAAUACGGAAGGGCGACAUUGGGAGGAUCUGAGACGAUUUACGCUCCGACAACUGCGAGACUUUGGGUUUGGCAAGAGCUCGAUGGAAGUUUUGAUCAUGGACGAGCUGACGGAAAUUUUGGAGUGGAUGAAGUCCCAGAAGGAUCUGCCCGUCACGGACGUCAAGCAGCGGAUGGCCAUCGCCGUGGUCAAUUCCUUGUGGACGGUUGUGGCCGGAAAGCGGUACAAGCACACGGAUCCGGCCGUGGUACGAUUGACGAAGGAUAUCACGGAAACUAUGGAAGAACUCGGGAAGAAAGCCGGGCCUGGGAUUAUGAUGCCGUGGUUGAAAUAUGUCGGAUUUAAGGGGGUCGAAAUGUGGAGAAACCACUUGGAGAGAAUUAAACUAAUGUUCUCCACAGUUAUGAGUGAACACAAGGAAACUUACUCGGAGGAUAGUCCGAGGGACUUUAUCGAUGUCUUCUUAAGAGAAAUAGCCUCCUGUAUAGAUGAAGAUUCCCCGUUUUUUAAGGAGGUCGGAUACCGCCAGCUAAUUGCAGUAAUCAAAGACCUGUUUGAUGCUGGAUCACAAUCUUCGUCAAUCACGCUGACCUGGAUUUUCCUCUACUUGGCUACGUUUCCAGACGUGCAGAAAAAAUUGCAGGACGAGGUGGACCGUGUCGUGGGAAAUUCGAGACAGUGCAGUUUAUCGGAUAGACCAAACCUUCCCUACGUGGAAUCCUUUCUCGCCGAGGUGCACCGUUUCACAUCCGCCGCACCGGUCGGAGUACCGCAUCGAGCCCUGGCCGACACGACGUACAAGGGAUACGCCUUCCCCAAGGGGACAGCCAUCAUGGCAAACCAGUACGGGAUCCACUACAACGAAAAGAUCUGGGGUGACCCGAGCAACUUUCGACCCGAACGAUUUCUUAGUCCGGAUGGAGCAAAGUUCCAGAAACACGAGGCGCUGAUCCCCUUUUCGACGGGGAGGAGGCAAUGCGCCGGCGAGACGUUGGCGAGGGACACGCUCUUCCUCUACACGUCCAACAUCUGCCAAAGGUUCGAGAUCAAGUUUGAUCCCAACGAUGCCAAAGCUAAUCCAGGAUUAAAGCCGUCGGCAGGAUUCAUCUUGACCCCGCAAGUUUUCAAGGUCGUUUUUAAGGAUAGGUUAGACUAAGGACUUGUUUUUAGCUAUACAGUUACCUAACUAUCCAAUGUUUUUACACACCUAAUUUUUAAUAGUACCAAUAGUUAAUUUUUCUUAGAAAAUUGGAACACACCCUUUCUGAGUGAAAUCUUGUCAAAUUAAAUUAUGACAAAAUCAAUAUUUCUACUACUUAAAAUGGUAAAAAUAUCACCUACCUACAUAUAAAUUAUAAGGCUUAAACCCUAGCAAUUUUAAGAAAGAUUAAAAAUAUUUUGAAAAUUUGAAAAUUUGACUAAAAAAGUAAUGCUUUUCGUCCCGCACUGAUCUCAUUUUAGAGUUCUUACUUCCUGAGCAAAUAUUGACAAUCGGAUUCGACCUGUUCUGCUGUCCUAACAAUGCGAUGGUGUGAAGUGUAACUCUCCGAUUUGGUUUAAAUAUUGGAAUUACAUAUCGUCGCUGUUCGUGCAAAAGUUGUCGGAUCAAAAACCAAAAGUUGUCGAAUGAAAAUGCGGGAAAAGUGUGAUACCAUGUUAUACUUAUGAAGUCUCACUUCCCCUAAAAAUUGUUUCAAACUUGUUUUGUUGAUCCGGCAACUUUUGCACGAACAGCGACGAUAUGCAGACCAAGUGAAUACAUAUAGCAUUUGCUCAGGCAGUUUGUGCGAUGGUCUAAAUAUUUGGGCUCAAAGUUGUCAUACUAAAGUAUAAUAUGUAAUAUUCACCGUAAUGACGAUAUCCAACUACAUUACCGUGUAGAUUCUUUUACCUAUUUGCAACCCUUCCUUUAUAUUUUAUCAUAGCUCUUUGUCUUUCACUGUAUUAUGCAACAUAAAAGUACGGUACUUGAAGUACCAAUUGUAAAAAAUUACACUUAAUAAACAUAUUCGUACAA